AUGCCGGCUCUGGCUGCGCAUGCCUCGCCUCCUGUGUCGCUUCCUGCUUCUUCUCACGCGCUCUCCGAACCUAGGUCUUCCGCCUCUUCCUCGUCUGCGGCGCGUCCGGCCGCCGUGUUGCCGACCUUUUCUGCAUCUGGAGCCCAGAUGGCGGGCGGGUCUGGGUCUCUUCCGACCCCGACCGGGCCCGAGCCCGGAGGGCUGUCCCUGCCCUCGUACGCCCCCGUGCCGUACGCUCCAGCUGUCUACGCGCGAGCGGGUGCAGCGGAGGCCAGUGGUUCGCCCGUUGUGGCGAGGUCUUCGUCGGAAAAUGGCGGCGCGAGCGUGGGAGUUGUGGUUGGUCGUGAGAGGCGCGAGGAGACGGUCCGCGGGUGUCGGUGCUGUCUGCACACGCUCUCUCCGAUGCUUCUCGUGACUGCAGCUUUCUGGGCCUGGUCUUUCAGGGGUGCGCUGGCUGGAGAAGUUGUCCUCUUCAUGGCUGUCGUCCCUGCGAUGGUGUUCGUCUACGGGCUGCAUACGUCCGUGGGACGGCGAAGCUUGCCAGGCGUGACAUUGUUGGAGUUCUUUUGGCUGGGCGCCUUCCUCUCUGUCUUCAUUGCCAUGUGUCUGGAGCUCCUCGCGAACGCUUUGUUCUACACGACAUUUCUCUCCUGUCUGCCGCCUCUUCCAUCUUCGUCGUCUUCUUCUUUCGUCCCUUCGUUCGCCUCUAAUGACCUUCUGAGCGCGUUCUUGUCGUCUCAAGCUCCAGAGGUGCAUGCGACGCCGGAGCCGCCCGUUGCAUCCUGGCUGGCGACGCCGCUCUUCGCGCCCCUUUCCCUGCCCUUUUACCUUCCACUCUUUGGGUCCGCUCAAGGCGCGGGGCCCUCGUGUGUUCAGAAGCGCCAGGCGGCGCUGCAGACGGGGGUCUCGGCAGCCUCCUUCGCGGUACUUUCCCCCCUGUCUUCGUCUUUCUCUCCGGCGACUCCCUUCUUGUCUCCAGAGGCCGAAGAAGGCGGCUGGACCGGGUUCUUGCUCAAGGUCUCCAAUAGAGUCUUCGAGCCGGGGGCAUUGCCCUCGGUGUGGUGCUCUCUGGGCCUCCUCGCAUUCAUGAUCUUCUGCGUGGGCUUGGUCGAGGAGUUCGCGAAAUUCGUCGUGCUCCAUCGCCUGCGCAUCCUGCCGGCUGCGGCGGUCUGGGCAGGCGCCGACGAGGUUUUCGCCUCCGAAAGCGACGAGGGGGGGGAAACGCGCGCGGAAGACGCCCGCCCGGGGGGUUGCUGCGGGGGCUUCUGGACCCGCUACGUCAAGUACCCCGUGGGCAUCUGCCUCGCCGGAUGUGCGGCUGGCGCGGGAUUCGCUAUGGCUGAGAAUAUCAGCUACACCCUCGGCAGCAGGAGGCCGCUGGUGGAGGACUUCGUCGUUGCGUUUGUCCGGGUUCGUGUCGGGCUCCCUCUCCGUCCGCAGAUCGCGGGAAGGCAGUUUUUGUUCCCCGGACUGGAUAGAGCCGCUGAGUCGAAGCUGGUCAAGGAGCCGCCAUGCGCAGCGAGCGACUUUCACUGCGGUGCCGUCUCACAUCGCGAACACCGGGAUGGCGGCGGCGAACCUGGCCGUUGCUCUGCAUGCGGCGUACGCUCCGCCCGCGUCGUCCCCUGCGUUCUUCUUCCCCUCGCACUUGGCGCCGCACCAGCAGCCGCUCAUUCCGUCCUCGGGGGCCUUCGCGGCCGCGGCGCCCGCGGGGGAGGGCCGCCCGCCUUCUGGCGACUGCUUUUCCCCUCGCUGUUUCUGCCCUCGGUCCUGCAUGGCACAUACGACGCGGCUCUCCGGCUUUCGGCGGCGUUCGCGCAGCCCGGCGCGCCGUUUGACGAGAACUCUGCGGUCCUCGCCUCGGUCUUCCUCAUCGUCUCCUUCGUCGCCUGGCUCAUGACCCUCAUCGCCUUCUGGCGGCGCUGGCGCUGCGUGCGCGACCUCCCGGCCUUCGGCGCCGACGCGACCCUCCGCGCGGUCCUCCCCACGCCGGGCCCUGCGGCGGGCGGCCCGCUGCGCCACGGGCCUCCUGCCCCGUCCUGGGCCGGGGCUGUGCCCCCGGCCGCCAUCUGCGUGUACCACGCCGCGCCGGCCUCCGUCUACGCGCCCCUGGGCGCCCCCGCGCAUGCCUCUCUUUUAGGCGGGCGCGGGGGGAGCGCAGUGGCGGGCGUCCGCGCGGACGUGCUGCUGUGGGAAGAAAGGCGCCGAAAAGAAAGCGAGCGCCUCGCGGGGGCCAUCGCUCAAGCCGCGACGGCGCCAGCCGAGGCCUGA